GAACUAGGCGAUUUUAACAGAAAAGUUGCUAUUGCCAUCAAAAAUCUUUCGCCAGAAAUAGUUUUUGAGAAACCUGAAGUAUAUAUUCAAUAUGGAAAAUCCAAUUACCUGCUUCCUAUUACAAAACUCUCAAGUGAUAAAGGGUUAGUUUGGGGAGCUCGCAAGGUUGCUAGCGUAGCUGCAGGAACUGUAGGAGUCAUUGUGUACCAUAUCAAAGAUCGUAAUGAAUCCUUGGCCUUUAUGUGGAGCGUCCCAUUUAAUAACGCCUUUUACUCAAAUUGGUGGAACUUAAAAGUUUAUAAAGGUCGUGUCAGAGCUAAUCAAGAAUUAUAUGACAAGAUGUACCAUGAACUUCCUCAUCAAGGGGACAAUAAAGUUUACCGCGGAGUCCUAAGUGAUGAUUUGCUUUACAAGGGAUCGAUGGGAAAUUCUGGAACGCCAACCAUUGAAGUUGAGAUCUUAAAUUAUAGUACUAUUAGUACAACUCCUUUUGUUAAAGAAAUGAAGCAGAAUUUCUGA